AUGGCUGGGUCUUUUGCCCCCGACUUCUACUCCUACGUCCGACUUCAGUAUGGAAGCUCAAACUGUGGAGCCACCCCGCGCAGACAGCUGGAACACAUCCGCGACGGCAAGCUCGAUCAAUCAGCCCCGAGAAAGCGAGUCUUUGCCCCCGUCGGCCCAGUGACCUUCGAUGUCACGUUGUUCCGGCGGCCGUACCAGUUCCGCAUCCACCCCUCGACAUCGUCGCUGUUCAUCGACCCGUUCCCGCCGGCCCCGGCGUUCGCCAUCAUCGCCUUCGCCAUCUCGUCCCGUGAGUCGCUGCAUAAUGCCCAGCAUUACUGGCGCAAGCAGCUGUCCCUCCACUACCAUGACGUCGAGCACGCCAUUCCCGUCAUGCUGCUGGGCCUGAAGCGGGAUGAACGCACCGACCAGAGGGCCGAAGACGGGUCGUACGAGUGUGUUAUGCCACAGGAAGGGCUGCGCGCCGCCCAGGAGAUGCACUGUGAUCGCUACGCAGAGUGUAGUGCCUUGACGGGCGAGUUGAUGUGGGAGGUAUUGGAAGACAUCACCCGGACGGCUGCGAAAACUACGACUGAAAGUGGUGGGUUGAGCGGUGCCAAUAGUUGUUCUGUGAUGUGA